AGAGAAUGGUCCAGUUGAGUCUAUGGCUGGCCGACUUUGAGAGAGAGAGAGAGCAGCAGCCGUAUUAGAUAAGGAGGAGACACAGAAAGAGAUAGACAUAGAGAGAGAAAGAGAGAAAGAGAGAAGAGAGAUUCUCUCCUCGUUUAUUUUCUGUUUGGUGUUUUUCAUUUCCAAGCUUCAAACAAAAACCUUGUUUAAUUCUGGGUUUCUUAAUUUCUAGCUACUUCUCUCUCAGCUUGGGGAUCGAUACAAGAACCAAAAGCUUAGCUUGGUUCUCAGAUUUUAGUUGUAUAUUGUCUUCUACACCACCUAAAAGCUUUUGUCUUUUCUUAAUUUUGUUGAUAGUUCGAGCUAGCUUUUGUUUUACUCCUUUGUUUUGAGCAAGUUCCAGCCUCAAGAUGAUGUCAUCUGAAGAUGGGCUUUCAGUUCCCUCGACCAUUGGUGGAGGGUUUCUUCUCCAGGAGUCAAAUCCGAGCCCUAACCCUAACCCUAAUACGAUUAAUCCGGCCCUCAAGAGGAAGCGAAAUUUACCCGGAACUCCAGAUCCAGAUGCAGAAGUUAUAGCUUUGUCCCCAAAAUCUCUAAUGGCCACAAACCGAUUCCUCUGCGAAAUCUGCAACAAGGGCUUCCAGAGGGACCAGAACUUGCAACUUCACCGACGCGGCCACAACCUUCCAUGGAAGCUGAAACAAAGAUCGAAGCUCGAAGUGAUUCGAAAGAAGGUCUACGUCUGCCCGGAGAAGAGCUGCGUGCAUCACGAGCCUUCACGGGCACUCGGAGACCUGACCGGAAUCAAGAAGCACUUCAGCAGAAAGCACGGUGAGAAAAAGUGGAAGUGUGAGAAGUGCUCGAAGAAGUACGCAGUCCAGUCAGAUUGGAAAGCACAUAGCAAGAUUUGCGGGACUAGAGAGUAUAGAUGUGACUGUGGCACACUCUUUUCCAGGAAAGAUAGCUUCAUAACUCAUAGAGCUUUCUGUGAUGCAUUGGCGGCAGAAGAAAGCGCAAGGUUUGGUUCUACUUCAACAGCCACCAACAUUAACAUUCCGAGCUUCAUGAAUGGAUCUAUUACCUCUAAUCAACCUCAUCAUCAUCAACAACAGCAACAAGCGAGGAACAUCCCCCAAUUCUUACCAAUCUUCCAACAUCAGCAGCAGCCCGAAUUCCCGGGCUCAGAUCACCUCUCUGCAGCAAAUCUAGGCUUGUCUGAAAUGGUGCAGCCGGCGUCGUCGUCAAUGGAUAUGUUUGGACCCUCUUCCUCACAGAACCAGUGGCUCAACAAGUUCCCCGAGGCAUCGUUUACGAAUGGGAAUCUCUCUGUGUCGUCAUUGAUGACACGAGGACUCAAGGAGGAGGAAGACUCCAAAGCAAAUUUAAAUUUGUCCGGAACGAUGAGUUCGGGCUCUUUCUAUAACAAUAAUCAGAGUCCGGGUCACAUGUCAGCCACAGCACUCUUGCAAAAAGCAGCUCAAAUGGGAUCUACAACAAGCAACAACAACGACGUCGACAUUCCGGCUGCCUUCGGCUUCAUGAACUCUUCACCGUACAGCCACAACAAGAACAAUGAGAACUUCAAUGUCUUGCUCAACUCUCUAUCUUCUUCAACUCAAAUGGGAGACGGGUCUCCGUCAUUGUUUUCGACUUCAUUCCUGAGCAACAAGAUUAAUCAUCUGAAUCAGAUGAUGAACCUGCCUCUAGGAACUGGUAGUUCUACUUCUAGAGUGAAUGAGACCGAGAAGAGUAGCUUAACGAGGGAUUUUCUCGGAGUAGGUGGAGUUAAUGGUGUAACCUUCUUUCAACAAGAGCUAGGUGCAGCAAGUUUAGCUUCAAUGGGUUCAGCUAUGGAUCACUUGACCCAGUACAGUAGCAGUACUAGUGGUGCUACUCAGCAAUGAGAAACCUUUCAUUACAAGGUAGUGUUGUACCCUUAAUUUAGCCUUAAUUUUUGUUGUACUAUAAGCUAGUGUUAAUUAGAUGAAACACUUGAUUAUACCAAUUAUGGGAAUUAGAGUUUAGCAGAGAAGGAAGAACGAGAGGGGCCAGUGCAUGUUUUGGCUAAACAGGGAAGGUGAAUUAUCGGGCCCCGGCCUCCAUGCAAUGUUGUAUAAUUUUCAUUGUUCUUUUGAAGUUCUUUUUAAAGCCUUAUAUAUUGAUUGUCAUCGUUGGG